AUGUUUCGCCAGUCUGACUCUUCUUCCGCCUUCCCCCUUCUCACCCACUUCAAUGCCUCCGCCCACCUCGGUCGAACUCCGUCUGUCCUCGAAGAGUGUGCCGACGAGCCCAAUCAACAGUUUGUAUCUUGCGACUCACACCAAAGUAACCGCUGCUUUGUUUCUCGGACAUUUUUGCCAAAUAAAAAAGCGUAUUCAACCCUAUCCGACAGGCCAACUCGCCAAUUAACAGCCCUUCACUGGUCCCCCUUCCAUCCUGGCCCUCUUUCAACGGAAACACCACACAUGGACGACUUGUAUUCUUUUCAGUUGUGUCCUUUUGGACGCCGUCAGUGA